AACAUGAACCAUUAUGUUUUUUGCUGGAAGCACAGAGAAAAAUGUGGGGUUCUAUUGUAUUUGUGGUUCUUUGGUUGAAUUCUGUGAGCAAUGCAGCUGUAGCUCGUUGGAGUCCUCGAGCUCUAUCAGAGGAACAACCUCAAACCCCACAGUUUUCUGGGCUGCCAUCUGGGUCUCUGGUUCCCCAGCUUUCUGGGCCACUCUUUUCCCAGCCUUCCGGGCCACUCUUUUCCCAGCCUUCCGGGCCACUCUUUUCCCAGCCUUCCGGGCCACUCUUUUCCCAGCCUUCCGGGCCACUCUUUUCCCAGCCUUCCGGGCCACUCUUUUCCCAGCCUUCCGGGCCACUCUUUUCCCAGCCUUCCGGGCCACUCUUUUCCCAGCCUUCCGGGCCACUCUUUUCCCAGCCUUCCGGGCCACUCUUUUCCCAGCCUUCCGGGCCACUUUUUCCCCAGCCUUCCGGGCCACUUUUUCCCCAGCCUUCCGGGCUGUUACCACCAGGGUCUGAUCCUCAGGUACAGGUAACUACUGCUGAUAAAUGUAAUCUGGAUGAUUCUGACAAGAUUCCCUGUGGUGAACCAGGCUUGGAUGCUUCCCACUGUGGUGCUAUAAACUGCUGCUUUGAUGGGCAGCAGUGCUACUAUGGUAAAACAGUGACUGUCCAGUGCACAGUCGAUGGGCAGUUUGUUUUGGUGGUGGCCCGGAAUACAACACUUCCUAGGAUCAGCUUGGAUUCCAUCAGCCUGUUGGGAGGAAGUGAUGGGCCCUGUGCUGUUGUGGACUAUAAUGCUGACUUUGCUAUAUACCAGUUUCCUGUAACUGCUUGUGGAACAAACGCAAUGGUGUUUAGUGACUAUGUGGUCUAUGAGAACAAAAUGGUGUCUUCCUAUGAAGUUGGUGUGGGACCCCUUGGUUCCAUCACAAGAGACAGCCACUACGAGCUUUACUUCCAGUGUAGAUAUUCUGCUACAAGUGUCGAGUCCCUGGCUGUUGCACUUUCUUCCAAUGAUCCUCCUCUACCUUUAAUGGCUUCUGGCCCGCUCAGGGUAGAGCUGAGGCUUGGCAAUGGUCAGUGUGUGACAAAGGGCUGUGUGGAAGGUGAGCUACUUCAGUAUUGCACUUAUGAUUGUGACUUUAUCUGUGGCCUUUUUUUUGGUAACAAAUUCCCCUGGUUCUCCACAGAGCAAGUAGCGUAUACUUCCUACUAUGCUGAAAAUGACUACCCUGUGACCAAGGUCCUGAGGGAGCCUGUAUACGUUGAGGUGCGCAUGUUGGGGCGAACUGAUCCCAAUCUGGUCCUGGUCUUGGGACACUGUUGGGCAACCUCUACACCUGACCGGGACAGUGUACCUCAGUGGGAUCUUCUGGUGAAUGGGUGCCCGAACAAGGAUGAUCGCUACCUGACCACCCUGGUUCCAGUUGAUGGGUCAUCUGGACUUCAGUACCCCAGCCAUUACAAGCGCUUUGUCCUCAAGAUGUUCACAUUUGUGGAUCGUUCUAUGAACCCCUUGAAAGAGACGAUCUACAUCCACUGCAGCACAGCUGUGUGCUCUCCAACUGCAGGUGCCGCUUGUGAACAAAAGUGCGAUAGAAGGAGGAGAGAUGUUGGAUCGGUUGCCUGGAAAUCGGAGCCUGAAUCAGUUGUGUCUAGUGGAGAAGUGAUUUACACACAAACUGCCCAGCUCCAGCAGGAUUGAUUGUGACUCUGUUCUCAAUAAAGGGGUCUUGCUUUUGAA